AUGAGAACGAGCACAGCACUGAUACUGGCCCUGCGAGGUUCAGCAGCAGAGGUUCUUCAGACGAUUCCGGCGGAGAACCACUUCAACUAUGAAGUUCUGGUUAGCGCGUUGGAUUUACGUUAUGGUGAAGAACACAUGAAGCAGAUUUAUCGGUCUCAACUUAGAAACAGAACGCAACGAUCUGGUGAAUCCAUUCAGCAGCUGGCACAAGAUAUCGAACGGUUGACAUUGCUGUCGUAUCCAACAUCAGACCCCGAGCACAGAGACGAAACUGCCCUGGAUACGUUUAUCAAAGCCCUUCGUGAUUCGGAACUCAAGCAAUCCCUUCUCUUGUCAGAUAAACGAAAACUCAAGGAUGCCGUUGCGCACAGUCUCACUUUUGAAUCGGCAAAGCAAGCAUCAAAAAGUGACGUACGUCUACGCCAAGUACAUGAAGAAUGCUCUUGCCAGAAGAUAACUACUGCCGAAAUUGCGCGACAAGAUGGCGCAAAAGAAGAGAAGAUGAUCCCGUAUCACGGGUCGACACCGGAGCAACAAAAUCGAUUUUAA